GGACAUAAUCAUAAAAACGCGAUUGACGCUCCGCAACGAAACUGCGUCCUGUGAAGGAGGGCGGUGGUUUGACUAACGGUGCCAGUGUCUUCAUCAGAAAACUACAGGUAUAUUGCGUGUGUGCGGCGACAGUAUGAGGCCAAGCGGAGCUCUGGCGGCGGCGGCGCUGAUGCUGAUGCUGCUCGUGUGUUGCCAAGCCGAGGACUCAGGCUCGGUCAUCCCGGCCGAGAGCCGGCCAUGCGUUGACUGUCAUGCCUUCGAGUUCAUGCAGAGAGCCUUGCAAGACCUGAAGAAAACAGCCUUCAACUUAGACUCGCGGACAGAGAAUUUGGUGCUGAGGGCCGAGAAGAGGGCGUUGUGUGACUGUAUGCCUGCCAGCAGCCUGCGCUAAAACGCCAGCGUAAACACUGCCCUCAGAUACAGAAACCUUUAUGAACCUAAAGGAUACUACCUGCUCUUAGUCAAACACACUCCAUUGCUCUCAAACACGCUUCCUGUCAUGUGUGACAAGAAACAUGUUUUAUCUUUCAUCAUAAUAUGUGCAUAAACACACAUUCCUGACAAAAGUCAACACACAACAUUCCACUGUUGAAAUGUCGAUGCUGAGAGGCACAUUCACGUUAGGGCAGCAGCAAAUACACUGUAUCUUCCAUAUAAGUGAAUAUAAACACAGGUGAAUAUAAACACCUCUCCAGGCACAACGCACUGCAAAAGAUUCUGCAAACACAUUAUUUAUUAUCAUUAUUUGCACAGUAUACUAGAUGUUUUUCUUUUUUAAAUACUAACGGCUUUUUAUAUUUGUGUUCUUAGGAUAUAUGAUUAAUAGUCACAAUAGUUAAGCAGAUAUUUAGAUCUAUUAAAUAUAUCAAUGGCGUUGUUUGCUGUAAGAUCUACGACUAGAAGAGAGUCUGCAUGUAAAGUGAUAGUUUAGAGUUUUAUAUGAGGGUUUAUGAGAAGGGAAUAUGAAGGAAGGUUUCAUAGAGAUUACUUUGGUACUAAGAUGUGAGUUCACAGCUGUAACAAUGUCUUUUUGUGUGUAGAAAAGUGCAUUAAAACAUAUGUGACGUCAUA